AUGACUGCUGUUAUUUCUAUGCGUCUUUCUUCAACUAUCCCACAAGACAGUAUGCUUGUUGAAACAAGAAAUAAUAAAAAACAAGAUGAUAAUAAUUUUUCUCAAAACGAAUUAAUUUCAUUACAGAGUAACAGUCCCAAGAAGGAAUUGUAUUUAAGAAAUUAUAAAAAAGAGUGGAAAAAAAUUUUUUAUAAUAGUGAAAUGACAAGAAAUGAGGAACGAAAUGUUAUUUAUUCUUUAUCAAGUAGGACCAAAUUUUUUAAAAGAACAAUUCUUCAUACAUUUUUAUUCUUAGCCUUUACAACUUUAACAACUUUAGUUAUUGUUACAAAUAAAGACUGGAAAGUUAUUCUAAACCAACAACAUCAACUUUUUUCUUUGAUUUCAUUAUUUGUUUUUUUAACAAUAUAUGGAGUUAUUAUAACAUUGGAACAAAUUAGAUUUAUGAAAGGAAUUAAUUAUAUUGCUGCUUUUUUAUUAGCUAUAUCAUUAGGUUUUUUGAUAGCUGUUGAAUCUUCCUGGUAUACAUUAGCAACAAAUAUCAAUUCAAUAUUUAUAUCAUGUAUUGUUGCAAUCACUAUUUCUUCAAUGGCAUUUACUGUUAAACGUGAUCUUACAAUUCAUAUGAAUAAGCUUAUUAUAUUAACUUUUAUUUUUAUGAUAGCUGCUUGCCUAUUAUUUAUUCUUUCAAAAAUUACUGAUACUUCAACUAUAAGACAUUUCUAUUGUCUAGGAGGUUUCUUACUAUCUUGUGCCUACAUUGCUGUUGAUACACAAUCAAUUUCAACCAAAGAUCGUUAUAACCAACUUGCCACAAAUGAAUAUGUACUUGGAGGUGUACAGAUUUUUGUCGAUUUUUCAUAUCUCUUUUACUAUUGUAUGGGUGUUAUUGGUACAGGUACUUUUAUUACCACGGAAUAA